CGGUAUGAACUAUCGAGUAAUGAAACCUCGCGUGCUAUUGUCCGCCUAUGCUCUUCUCCUUCCCCUUAUAAAUAUGCGAACAUAUGCACAUACAUAACCCAAACCACACUGAGGUAUAAGAUAUUUCCUACCUAGUCACCUCUAGCUCUUCCCUGCCAGCAACUGAAUAGAUGGAGGUGAAAAUGACGCAAUCUAGAUUCAAGAGGAUUUGUGUGUUUUGUGGGAGUAGUCCCGGAAAGAAGAGCAGUUACCAAGAUGCAGCUAUCGAGCUCGGGGAAGAAUUGGUUUCUAAGGAUAUUGAUUUGGUUUAUGGAGGAGGGAGUAUUGGCCUGAUGGGUUUGAUUUCCCAAGCUGUUUAUGAUGGUGGAAGACAUGUCAUUGGAGUUAUCCCCAAGACCCUUAUGCCUAGAGAGAUUACUGGUGAAACAGUGGGAGAAGUGAAAGCAGUAGCAGACAUGCACUCAAGGAAAGCAGAAAUGGCUAAGCACUCUGAUGCCUUCAUUGCCUUACCUGGUGGAUAUGGAACACUUGAAGAGCUUCUUGAAGUAAUAACAUGGGCUCAGCUGGGCAUUCAUGAUAAACCAGUGGGAUUGUUGAAUGUGGACGGGUACUACAACUCCUUAUUGUCGUUCAUCGACACUGCUGUGGAAGAAGGUUUCAUAAGUCCAAAUGCGCGUCACAUAAUUGUUUCUGCUCCUACUGCCAAAGAGUUAGUGAAGAAAAUGGAGGAAUAUGUCCCGCGCCAUGAGAGAGUUGCUUCAAAGCUAAGCUGGGAAAUGGAGCAGUUUGGCUACUCUCCAAUGCAUGAUAUUUCAAGGUGAAUAAACUCAUGGGCACAAAGGGGAUGUUCAUGGCCUUCGUUGGUGAAAGGAACUAAUUUUAGUUGACUGAAAUGAACCUUCUUGAAAUGGGAUUUCUUUUACUGCAUUUCCCUUUCGAUCUGCUAGCUAGUGUAAGCUGAAAAGAAAACAUUUGACCUCAGCAAUCAAGUAGCUUGUGUAGUUACUCUCUUCAAAUGAACUUGGCUUGUAUGUAGUUUAAUUUUCAUCUUAAUUUCAGAAUCGGGGUUUAUUGUGUCACUAAAAUCUCCAUUUCACUAUAUAUCCUGGGCCUUUCAGUUUGACUAAAAGCAUAGAUGGUUCGUGGUCUUUGAUAGGUAGCUCCAUAGCCCAUUUAACCUUUUUUUUUUGGUUAAUUAGCCCCAUUUAAUUAGCUAGGUGGGCAAAGCAACAAUCGUUGUAAAUCUGAA